GGCGAUUGGCUGCGGCGCGCCCUUAAAGAGCUGUGCGGGGCGGGGCGCGGGGGGGCAGUGCGGGACGUGGCGGCGGAGCGCGGGGCGGGAGGGAGCGGCGCCAUGACCCGCGGGAACCAGCGCGAACUGGCACGGCAGAAGAACCUGAAGAAGCAGAGCGACUCGGGCAAGGGCAAGCGGCGGGACGACGGGCUCUCGGCCGCCGCCCGCAAGCAGAGGGACUCGGAGAUCAUGCAGCAGAAGCAGAAGAAGGCCGACGAGAAGAAGGAGGGCGCCAAGUAGCCCGGGGCUGGGCCGGGCCUCUGAAGCCCCGGGGCCGGGCCGCCCGCCGGCAGGAUGCCCAGCGCAGCCCCGGGGCCGGGCCGCCCCGCCGGGGGCCCCGGCAGCAGCGCCCUGCGCCCGCCCCGGGCCCCUCUCCUAUUAAAGUAGCUUGUGGAGCCCUGCA